AUUUUGUACUUCGUUUUUCUCGUAAAUUAUAAUAUAUUGUUAAAAGAAGUUAAAAAAAUGAUGCAAGAAUACGAUGACGAUUUUUUUUUCGAAGAGGACAAAAUGUGCGUAUUUAAACAACAUAAAUAAGUAUUUAUUUAAAUGUGUUUUAUCAGUGUUUAUCAGUGUACUUCCCUUUUGUAUUGCAGAAUGUGUUUUAUUUGAGUUGGCUGUUUAUUUAGUUAACGUUUUUGUGACCAGGCUCAUGUCGCAGAGAGUGCAAAUCCAACCUUUUUACGAUCCAAAUUAUUUUCUGAAAAUGAUAAAUAUUGGACACAGUAUGUUUGAAGAUAAAAUCAAACCUAAAACGGAUUUACCGAAAACGACCAAUUUAUUACUCCCCAUCGAUGAAAGUGCUUCUGUGGUUAUUGAAGACGUUAAGAUUCCAGAUAUUCCAAUACGUCUCGAAAUAGUAGAAGAUACGGAGAAGCCAGAGUGCGUUUAUAACGAUUUAAGAAAAGAACGAUAUAUGCUACAAUACCAGAACCUUAUGGGUAUGACUGUAACAUCUGGUAGCGUAAUAUUGACAAAAGAUGAGAAAAAUCUCAUAGGAAUUAGUAUAGGAGGCGGUGCUCCAUUAUGCCCUUGUCUUUAUAUCGUUCAGAUAUUUGAUAACACGCCAGCUUCCAAAGAUGGCACCUUACAGAGCGGAGACGAACUGGUGGGAGUGAACGGACAGACCGUGAAGGGAAAGACGAAAGUUGAAGUUGCCAAGAUGAUACAAGCGGCUAAGGACCAAGUAACAAUCAACUAUAAUAAACUGCACGCGGACCCGAAACAGGGCAAAUCUCUAGACAUAAUAAUGAAGAAAAUGAAACAUCGCUUGGUUGAAAAUAUGUCGUCGGGGACAGCUGACGCUUUGGGACUGUCCAGGGCUAUACUCUGCAAUGAUACUUUGGUAGCGAAGCUAAAUGAAAUGAGAGACACGGAAGCUACGUAUAAACGACUUGUGGAAUUGGCUAAGAGGAUGCUAAAGUCGUAUUUUGAUUUGCUCCAAACGUUCAAAUCCCUGGGCGACAUUUUUGCCGGCAUCGGAGUAAGGGAGCCUCAAGCUAGGGCGUCAGAGGCGUUCUCCAAAUUUGGACAGUACCAUAGAUCGUUGGAGAGGGAUGGGAUUAAAAUGCUGAAGACUUUAAAACCUAUAUUAGCAGAUAUGGGCACGUAUUUGCAUAAAGCGAUACCGGACACCAAACUAACAAUACGCAAGUACGCAGACACCAAGUUCGAGUAUUUAUCCUACUGCUUGAAAGUGAAGGAGAUGGACGACGAGGAGUAUGGGUAUAACGCGCUGCAGGAGCCCUUGUAUAGGGUGGAAACGGGGAAUUAUGAGUAUAGACUGAUCCUCCGAUGCCGUCAAGACGCUAGAUCCAGGUUUGCAAGGCUCCGAUCUGAUGUCCUAGUCAAGCUGGAAUUGCUGGACAAUAAAAAGACGCAGGACGUGGCCUAUCAGCUCAAGAGGUUCAUACAGGGUCUGGCUGUGUAUCACAAUGAAACAGUGGAACACUUACAAGAGAACGCCUCGUUAUUCCCAGUUGAAGUGGAUCUAUCACAAAAUGCAUUCCAGUACAAAUCCACAGCGCAGAUUAUACAGGACAAUCAAGACGAUGAAGAAGAAAUCGAAUUUGGUAAAGAACUUAAAGAGUAUCACGAUCUAUCAGACGAAGAUAACACAACGAAACCAACGAACAGGCGGCAAACGAAAGACAUUGACAGCGAACUGACGGAACAACUACUCCCCGGACUGACAGACGUCAAAAAUGACACUGACAGCUCGAAAAAUGACAGCAUGACAGCUGAUAGCUUGACGCUUUUGACGGAAUUAGGUUUGGCGGACACGAAAGACGAUUUCGGCGACUUUCAAAAUGGAACGAAUGAAUUUGGCUCAAAAGACACGACUGAUGACGUAUUUGAUAAAUUGCUGAGUGAUUUAAAUAUACAUUAGUUUACGAUUUUGUACUGUUGUUAUAAUUGUGUAAUAAAUAAAUAUUUCUUUGUUAAUAUUCUCAAAUAAAACUGUAUUAACAAUGGUUGUUUUAUUCCUAACACUAAAGUUUAAUCUUCUUUUAUAAGGGUAAUUAAAUUAGGAUAAUGGAGGGAAAUAAAAAAUAGUUUCAUAAACAAGACUUUUAUUACAAUAAUCACUUUAAGUUUUGUACUUAUUAUCUUACCAAUUAAAAAAUUGAAAACAUACAAUACAACACCACGUUUCAGAGCCUUGGUGAACCCUGGUAGAUAUUUUCAUAUCUAAGAAUAGAUACUUCUAUACAGUCUUAAAAAAGUCUAAUUUCAAACCUAAACGUAAUGUGUACGUUAAUACAAAGUUGGAAUGUAUUAAGAAUUAGAACACAUUCUAUCAUGCAGAUAAAAGAAAUAAGUAAAAAAUCUUUGUUAAUACACAAGGUAUUAAAAUACUAGGUACUUAUUUCUCAAAUAACUUUUACCACUUUCAGAUUGAACUCGUUCAUCGGAAAUAACAUAUGCCUAGAAAUUAAUAAUGCUUUCUAAUAAUAUACGACUUGACGGUUUGUAAGAAAAUCCAAUUUUAAAAAAUCGGAAAUCCAUAAUUUAAUCGCUUUACUUAACUUUCGCGAAUUUCCGAUGUUGAUUAUUAUUUAUUGUAUGAAUUUAUAGAUCUCGCAUGUUUCGUCCAAUCAAAUAAUGUGUCAAUAAAGGGAAUAAAUAUUUUUUCUAGGCUUAAAAAUCGUAACAUUUAAUUAUCUAUGGAUAGUGGGGGAUGUGGUAAGUCACAGGUUUGUGUGGGGGUUCAAAAUAAUGUUUCAAUCGUUCAAUUUGAUAUGGGUCGACGACAAACGGCGUCUUUCUUGUGUAAUGCUCUUUCACAUAAUGCUUCGCGUAUGGAGCCGGCAGAUGUUUGUGGUGUUUAUGCAGGUCGAAGUCAGCUGUCAGCUUGUGCAGUUUUGACACGGCCUUUUCCUUCAAGUGCUUCAGCCCAGAUUGCACUUUUUCGGCGACUUUGUCAAAUUGCAAAUGACAUGUCACUAGAUGCAGUAGCAACAAGGUUAU